AUGAGUCAGGAUCCUCACGAGGUCGCUGAACUGGUGAAGACCCUUGAGGCCAAUAAAGGCAAAGGUCGUGGCGGCCACAAGGGUUUCUCGUGCAAGAAAACUACUUUCUCUGUCGAUGGUUCACAGUCGACCGUCGACUCCUGGAGAUUCAAUGAUUGGGACUACAAACGAGAUGACCUUCCAACGUAUGCCCGAGGUCUCUUCACCACCAGAAGAUCCAAUGGUACACCCGAAAUCGCCAUUCGCGGCUACGACAAAUUUUUCAAUGUCGAUGAAGUUCCCAGUACCAAAUGGGUCAGAAUUGAGAAUGACACUACGGGUCCAUAUGAGUUGAGCGUCAAGGAGAAUGGCUGUAUCAUCUUCAUGUCUGGCCUUGAAGAUGGUACGCUUCUGGUCUGCAGCAAGCACUCCACAGGAGCAAGAUCCGACGUCGUUCAAAGCCACGCCAAGGUGGGAGAGAAGUGGGUUCACAAGCACCUGGAAAGUGUAGGCAAAUCUCCUCGAGAUCUAGCUCUGGCACUGAGGAAGAUGAAUGUGACGGCAGUCGCGGAAUUGUGUGAUGACGAAUUCGAAGAGCAUGUUCUUGAGUACCCUCCAGAGACUGCCGGCCUCUAUCUGCAUGGCAUCAACUUCAAUCUUCCCGAAUUUGCUACCUUAUCAGGUCCCGAAGUGCAUGAAUUUGCCGAUGCAUGGGGCUUCAAAAAGGCACAAUAUAUCACCAUCCAGUCUCUUGAUAAGGUCAAGGAGUUCCUGGCAAAAUGUGCCGAGACUGGCUCAUGGGAGGGAAGAGAUACUGAAGGAUUCGUGGUCAGAUGUAAGCUGAAGAGCAAAGGCGCGAGUUACGCUCCUGAUUGGUUCUUCAAGUACAAGUUCGAAGAGCCAUAUCUGAUGUAUCGACAAUGGAGAGAGUGUACGAAGGCUGUAAUCGCAGGCAAACCGCCCAAGAUCCGCAAGCACAAGAAAAUCACAGAAGAAUACCUUACCUACGCACGGCGGCGGUUAGCCCAGGACCCCUCGAUCGGUAAGCUGUACAACCAGAAUCACGGCAUUAUCAAGAUGAGAGACGGGUUCCUGGCGGAGAUAGGACAGAAAGGAUCGGAUAUCAUUGCGCAAGAAAAGGCACAGGGAGCAGGUGGCGGCGGCGAUGGGCAGGUGUCGCCUGUUGUGUUGGUUCCCAUUGCAACGAUUGGUUGUGGCAAGACGACUGUAGCAACUGCCCUGGUGCACUUGUUCGGCUUUGGUCACAUCCAGAACGACAACAUUGAAGGGAAAAGAGAUCGACCCCAACGGUUUGCGUAUGCUGUGACCAACUCAAUGGCGACGCACCGAGUGGUCAUUGCUGAUCGAAAUAACCACCAGAGACGAGAACGUGAACAAAUCAUCAACGAUGUCGGCAAAGUGCUCCCCGAGACACGAUUUGUGGCUUUGCAUUAUGUGCAUGAGCCCAAAAACCAGAUGCUUGACGACAUUCGCAUGGUCACACGAGAACGAGUGCUUGAGCGAGGAGAUAAUCAUCAGACCAUCCGAGCUGGUAGCAAAGGCCAAGACGAAAUCAUCUCCAUCAUGGAAGGGUUUCUUCACCGAUUCCAAGGUUGUAACCCUGAUUCACCACCGGACAACGAUUUUGAUGAAGUAAUCAACUUGGACGUCACUGCAUCAUCUCUGGAGAACCUGGAAACUGUCAUCACUCACUUGUACAAUGCAUACCCAGGGCUCCUUCCAGAAGCGAUGCCUGGAGACAAGGAAAUGCGAGAAGCGAUCGAAUUCGCAAUGCAACAUCAAGUCGACAAAAAACAUGAUCUCGACUUCAACAAAUCAGGCCAUUCAAACAAAGGACCGAAGAGGACACCACCACCACAGCAGAACCCCGCACCAAGAAAGGCGCUCACUGUGGACCAGUUAGUUGGCAAGCUAGAAUAUUUCAGUGUGCCUGUCUCUGCGACUCGAAUCAAUUCGGUAUUGAGCACAAUGUUUGAUUCUGCCGACAUAGAAGAGGCACGCAUGUUUCGAAUGCUAAAGCAGUCACGUCGUAUCCAAGGCGAGUUUCAUGUAACAUUGAUCCAUCGUGCCUCUGCCAGCCAACACCCCGACAUGUGGCAGAUGUACACCGAGACCUACAGAGGAGCGGUCGCCAGUGUCGACCUUCGAGAGAACGAUAAGUUGAUACCGACCAUUGGUAGCGCCCGGGUCAAGUUGGAGAGACUGGUAUGGGAUGAUCGUAUUAUGACUUUCGUUGUUCGCAUUUUCCCUGGUCAGGAAGGCAACAUGUGGCCAACUGCCAAUCCAAUCGCGCAUAUCACGGUUGGGACGUCGGGUGCCGAGGUCAAGCCGGUUGAGAGUAAUCAGCUCUUGAGCCGUUGGGAAGCAGGCGACUCUGUUGCCGGUGUGAUCCAUGACAAGGAGGUUCCGGGGGGAAUGAUUCUCGAAGGCGCAGUCAAGCCGGUCUUUCAGCGGAAUACAUUUGGCAGAUGAGACGGGAAAAGAUGGUGAAAUCAUCGAAAGGCACGCAAGCCUCUGUACACGAGUAGCAUAUGAUACGGACGUCACGAAAGUAUGACUACAGGCAUGCAACAGCGAAGGACUCGGUAACUUCAUUUAGUUUGGUACUCAUAUC